CUCCGGGUAGCAAUGAACAGCAGCUGACAGUCAAUGUUGCCCUUUUGAGCAUGGAAACCUAAAAAAAAGUAAUUUAGAUGGUUCUGCACAGUACAGUGUUGCUCCGAGUAGUGACUGUGCCACUCCUGGCAGUGAAUCAUUCCUGUGCUUGACUCCAUACCACAGUGUCGCAUCUCAGCAUGCUCCGUGUACUAUGGCCGAACGCCUUGGAGUGAACAGGGAAUUACGAGCGAUUCUCUUCGGUCCGAUGGUGAGGUGGUGAAUGACAGCGCUCUCCCACGGAAGGAGUCAGUCCUAGUCAUCACUUGAUGCAUAUGUAAUUAUCUAUCUAGUCAGCUCUAGAUCUAACUCUGCAACCAUGACGCUCUCGGAGGACCUCAAUUUCUGUUUCCCAGUGCGGGAGUUAUCCAAUGAACGCAUCAAGAUGACUCCCUUCAAAGCAUCAAUCCAUUCCUCUCCACUCUGUUCCAUCAUGUCAGCUCACCCAGAACUAUGGGCACACAUGCCCGCCGGCCCAUUCCAAACCGUCCAAGACUUCAACACCAACUUCCUCGACACCCUAGUCCACCACGACCCAGGAAUGAUAUCAUUCGCCAUCAUAGAUAAAACAAAACCACCCUCUACAGCAGACGACGAAGGCGAGCUGGCCGGGAUGAUGUCUUACAUGAACUCGUCUUCUGUGAAUCUAUGCACAGAAAUCGGAUAUAUCAUCAUCCUUCCCCAAUUUCAAAGGACGCAUGUUAAUUCCAAUGCUGUUGGGCUUCUUUUGCGGUAUGCGCUUCAAGUGCCGUCUCAGGGCGGUUUGGGGCUGCGAAGGGUUCAGUGGCAAUGCAGCUCUGUCAACGCCCCUUCUAUUCGUGCGGCUGAGAGACUGGGCUUCAAGAAGGAGGGAAUUAUGAAAUGGCAUCGUGUAUUUCCUGGGGGCAAGGACAAAGCCAAGGUACAUAAUGGUCGUGAGAUGCCUCGGGGCAGUCUUGACGAAGAAGACUAUGCAAGGGAUACCGUUGUUCUCGCUCAUUGUUGGGAUGAUUGGGAGCAAGGUGGGAGAGAGAGAAUACAAGCAAUAAUGAACAGACAGCAUUAAGUUACUAGGCUUUCUCAGCGUUGCACCAUCUUUCACGCGGGCUCAUGAAUCUAUCUAGUGAUACCCUCAUAACUUACCUGGCACCGCGGACGAUAGACCCGAGGGUCACAUUGUACCCCUGUACUUGGCAUGUAAAUAUCACGGGCGAGAACAAAACUUUUAUAAUUCCAAUU